AUGCACGGCUUGAAAUUAACUACCAUCGCUGCUUUAGCUGCCUCCGUCUCCCUGGUUUUGGCUACUCCCCCAGCUUGUUUGUUGGCCUGUGUUGCUCAGGUGGAGAAAAACUCCAAGUGUAGCAGCUUGGCUGACUUGGAAUGUAUCUGUACCUCCAUUGGUGAAGAGGUUGAAAAGUGCUUAGACAGCCAGUGUCCUGACGGUGACGCUGACACUGCUAAGAAGGCCUUUGCGGCUUCGUGCAAGGAGCAAGGCCACGACGUUUCUGGUGCUGACUCAAGCUCCUCCUCUUCCCAGAGCGACUCUCCGUCGUCCUCCUCAUCUGCUGCCUCCUCAUCUGCUGAUCCUACCUCUUCCGAUGCUCCAUCCUCCUCCGCUGCUGCUACCUCCGAUGCUCCUUCUUCCUCCCCUGCCGCUUCUUCCGAGGCCGCUUCUUCUUCCGCUAAGUCUUCCGUUGCUGCUUCUUCGUUCGUCUCUUCCGAUGCUCCAUCUAGCAGCGCCCAGACCACCGCUGACCCAUCUUCUACUUUAGCCACUUCCUCCUCUGCCGCUGCUUCUUCGUCCGCUGGCGUGAGCUCGUUUGAGGAUGGUGGCAAGAUGAUGGCAGCCUCCUUCGGUGCUGUAAUCGCCGGUGUUGUUGGUGCCUUGUUGUAA